CACUGAGACAUCAGUGACUGUGGUGGCACCCUCUCGUUGUGGCACUUGGUCGACGCUCGCACCAGUUCGCGGCGGCGCCACUCCAUCCCGCCCCGAGGUAAUCAAGUCCAGGUGCUGAGAAGCGCCGCGCCGCGCCUCGCUCAUCGCGGAGUUUUUUACAGUGUGUCUCCAGACGCGGGGACGCAUGAGCGACCUUCACAGUGAAGUAAGACUGGAGGCCCGUGAGUGGCGCGUCCCGUGAGUGGCAGCGAGGCCGCGACUCGGGCGACGGCGACGGUCCGCGACCUGCCCGCCAGCCGCUCUCUUCAUCGUAAUUGAGACUGGCACCGCCAGGAGCAGUGCCAAACCUAAGGCACCGUGCCACUCAAGCUGCUGCUGCUGCUGCUCUUGCACUCUUCGAAAAUGAGAGUUGACUGCGAAAAAUGAGAUAAAAGGGAAUAAAGUCAGGUGAGCGGGGAGUGAAGGGAGUGAGGCAAGGGAGCCGGCCACCUGACGCCACGCUCACCUUACACCGCUGCGGGUGACAUUGUUCACCCUCCUCACUUCACUCUGCCACAAAGUAGUCACAGGUGACAGCUGUCUCCGGUGUCCGCGGUGGCGGGGCAGUUAGGUGUGAUUGGUGAGGCACUGGUUUGUGGCGAGAUGUGUGAGGUCACCAGCAGUGGCGACUAGUGAUCAAAGGUGUGCGUAGCGUUCAGUGAGCAGCGGUGGCGGUGUGCUCACCAUGAUGAGCUACAACGUGGGUGGCAUCAGCGGGGGUGACCUGGGUUAUCUGGACAAGGUGGCGCCAAACUCACCUGGAGAUCACAAGCGUUUCUUCGUCAAUCACUUGCUGGACCUGCCAGACCUGGUGCGGGUGCCUCAGGUGACCUCCCCUUUCCCCCACGACCUGUCCACCCUUCACGCACACAGCGUCCCUGACAUGUCCAGCCUGCACCAGCUGCCUGCCUCGCACUUCUAUCACAGCGCUCGUUCUCCGUCCCUUCAGCAGCAAGAGCAGCAGCAGCAGCAACAGCAGCAGCUUCAGCACCACCAGCCUCAGCAGCACACGACUCUCUCUCAUCCCCAUUCACACGUUCAGCAGCAGCAGCAGCAGCAGCAGCAACAACAACACCACCACCACCAGGCAGUGGAGUGCAAUUCCGCGUCACAAUCACACAUUCACCACAACCAAAAGCAGCUGCAAGUACACCAACAGCAUCAACAGCAGCGUAACUCCCUCGUGCAGCAGCCCGCCUCUGGUCACAUGCAGCAACAACAGCAAAUACAGCAGGCGUCUCAGCAGCCCGGCGCAGAACGAGCGGGAACCUGUGCCGCGCCCAAAACAGAAAGAUCGCCCGCCUCCGCGCCAGACACCGACAGGAGCGACGACGAGGACGCCGAGGGCCGCAAGAAGAAGCCUCGCCGCAACAGGACCACCUUCACUUCGGUGCAGCUGACGGCGCUCGAGAAGGUGUUUGAGCGCACCCACUACCCCGACGCCUUCGUCAGGGAGGAGCUGGCCAAGCGAACCAACCUGAGCGAGGCCCGCGUGCAGGUCUGGUUCCAGAAUCGCAGAGCCAAGUUCCGGCGAAACGAGAGGAGCGUCUUGGCACAACGCAGCGCUGCGCCCUUCCGUCCCGCCGAUGCCGCUCCCUCCGUCACCACCUCCCCCGGCGGCCCAGUGGAGCAGCCCCUCGCCCCGCGCCCCUCAGGGAGCAGCGGCGUGGCCAUGUGUGACUACAGCGGCUACAGUAGCGUGGGCGUGGGAGUGGGAGUGGGCGUGGGCGUAGCAGCCUGGAAGGGAUCCACUGCCACCGUGGGCAGCGCCACCCCGCCCUACCUUGCCCACUUUCCCCCCACCAGCUCCCCUACGCCUGUGUGUCCCUCCCUUCCCCCGGGUCUCGGCGGUAGCUACGGCGGCGGUGUGAGCGGGGCGGGGCAGGUGGCGGGGUCCUACAUGGGAUCCUCCUUAGUCAACCUGAGACUGAGGGCACAUGAGUACUCCCUCCAUCACCAGGGGCAAGUGUGACGCUCCACUCCACCACCACCACCACCGCUGCUAACGCCCGCUGUGACGGCCGUCCCGCCACCACUAUUACCAUGCGUAUAUUCCAACCACCAACACUCCAAUUACGCUUGUGUCGUUCGAUGUGACGACUUUUCUUUCCUAACUUUACUGUGUCUACCUUAAUCUCACUCUAUUCUUAUUUCUUUGACUUUAUAUAGGCAUGCAGCUCUUCUGUUUCGUCGUCCUGCUUUUAUUAUAUAUAUCAUUUCUGUUCCUGGAUCUGUUCUUCCUCUGCUUUGGUAAACAUCACCACAAUCACACCUACCUUACAUUCUCUCGUACUGAUUUCAUCUACUUUCAGUCCAUCUUUUGGCUAUCCUUUUUCAUAUCAUUCCUCUGCCCUAGUUAAGCUCGUUACCACCGCUCCACACCUUCCUCUCCUUUCACCCUCUGUCGUAAUGAAUAAUUUCGUCUCUCGGCUGUUCCUUGCCCUUUCUGGCCAUCGUCACUACCGCUACGUCGCUGCCUUCAAAACAAAUCGAAAUUCAAGUCAAUCAAGCAACAGAAUCCCCCGCAACAUUGAAUAAAGUGACUUUCUGUGAGCAAAGCACGUCAAAGAAUCAGUAACAGUACUGAACCAGUGAUUAUAUUUACAAUGCGCGCAUCGAUUUGACGAGGGAAACGAGAGAGGAAUGUGAAAUAAUCCAGUGAACCAGAAAGCUGAGAGUGUAGGAGUGAGGAGUGGAAUGAAGGAAGACCGGGAUGAUGAGCCAGUGAACUUGUGCUGCUCGUCAUGCGCUCACUUUCAUGACAAAACUCAGGAAGGAGUGAGAAAACAGAUUCAUCAUCUCUCCAGUGCAGUGCAAAGUGAAGUGCCCCUUACACUGUGUUAGAAUGGGGAAAAACUAAGUGGCGCAGUUGACACAAGGAAGGAAUUGUACAGCCUUGUGUCACAUCACGAGUUCCUAUAGACAGACACGGGCGGGGCUGCUGAGUGCGGCGCGGCGCAACCUUGACCCAAUUUUCCAGUGCCGGACACGCGCGGUGCUGAGACAUGUUUCCUACUGCCUGUAUGUAAUUACACUGGGUUGACCA